UGUGAGCGAGGUAUAAUAUUGAACCGCAGCUAACUUAUGUUAGCUGCAAUAAACUUUCCUUUUCUUUUGGAUGUCAACAGGUGUAGUCAUACUUUUUAACAUAAGCAAAUUAUUAAGGAAGUAAUUUCCAGAUACAAAAAAAUCAAAUUAAAAAUAAAAAUUAGCAAUAAAACAUUUUUUGGCGCCCGAGCAGGGACAGUCGGUCCAGUUUUUAAGUUGAACACCAGAAUCAACCUAAUAUUAUUUAAAUUUUCUUAAUAAUUUUGUCUAAUAUGGAUCAGGUAAAUGUACUUACAGAAAUUCAAACGCAUUUGCUGUGCGAGCUGACGAAGCUUAAAGAAAAGGCACAUGGGCUGCGUCCGGAAACGCUGUCUCAGGGGUAUAUUAGGGUGAUUAGUGAAAGAGUAGAUCAUUUAUAUACAUCCUUUAUAAAAAACCAUGAACAAAUAAUUAGGUCUAUAAAGGAUGAGGGCGUGUGUGUUGAUGAAAUUCCAUACGUGACUAGUGCAACUUUUGAUAGCUUCGAAGACUUAUAUUUCACCUUUAAAGGGUUUUUGUAUGAUUCUAUGCCAGCCUGCUCUACAGCUUCACCGGUGGCAUUGAACAGUACAUUUGUGGCUCCUUCCCAUCGAAAUGAUACAUUUUACAGUGACGCUAAAUUACCGAAAAUCUCCGUACCAAAUUUCUCGGGUGAUUAUUUGGAAUGGUUUUCCUUUCGUGAUCUUUAUACUUCUCUUGUGCAUAAUAACAGUGCACUCAGUAAAAUUCAGAAAAUGUAUUAUUUAAAAAAUUGUGUCACUGGAGAAGCUGCACGUCUUAUCAAACAUAUUUUCGCAACCGAAGCAAACUAUGAUCUUGCUUGGAAAACAUUAGAGGAUAGAUUCCAUAAUAAGCGUGCUAUUGUUGACACAUGGUUAAAAAAGUUAUUCGCGAUACCAAAGUGCAUUGUAGCUUCGCACUCAGCAAUUCGAACACUUUUGGACACUACUAAAGAAUGUAUUGCUUCAUUAACCAACCUUAAUGUCUCAACCACAAAUUGGGACCCCCUUAUAGUCCAUUUGACCAUUCAGAAGCUAGAUUCUGAGACGAGAAAGGAUUGGGAAAAGUCAUUACAGGCCUCCAGAGAGCUUCCUACUUUGGAACAACUCAUUAGGUUUUUGGAGACAUGCUUUCGUACUUUGGAAACUCUCAAUGUAGACAAUACUCAAAAACUUAAGUCGGCGAAUAUUCCUCAACGCCAACUGGUACGAAAUUUCAACAUAACAAACUCAAGCAAAAGUGAAAACUCUAUUUCUUGCUUAUGUUGUAAGAAAUCGCAUCGCCUCUUUAAGUGCUGGGUAUUUAGGGCUUAUACGCCCACAGAAAGAAAACAAUUUGUUACUCGUAAUUCGUUAUGUCGCAACUGUCUUUUUCCUGGACAUUCGGCAAGCGAUUGCACUUCUAAUCAUACGUGCAGCGUAUGUAAUCGCAAACAUCAUACUUUAUUACAUGAAGUUUUUUCAGACUCACAACCUGCUGAGUCAGUCACUCCAUCUCGUACUAAGCAGAUACAAGGGCUCCAUGUAACUGCUCCUUUCUCUUCGCAGGAGUGCAAACGUGAAGUUCUACUUGCAACUAUUAUUUUAAAAAUCGACACGCCUAAUGGUGCUGUAUCCGCACGAGCCUUAUUAGAUCAAGGAUCUCAAGGCACAUUCGUUACAGAGCAAUUUAUACAAUUAUAUAAAUUACCAUGCCGUUCCACUUCUUUACAAGUGCGUGGGGUAAACACGCAGCAGAAAAAUUGUGUAAAGAAAUUAGCGUAUCUUAAACUGUAUUCCUGCGUAGAAUACGAUUAUACACUACAUGCAAAGGCAUAUGUCUUACCCAAGUUUCGUUCAUAUCUGCCACAACAGAGUUUUAUUCCAUUACAGCUUAGUUCUGAUAUUUCAAAUAUUCCUCUAGCGGAUCCUGAAUAUUUCAAAUCACGUUCCAUAGAUCUUAUCUUGGGCGCUGAUGUAUAUGGUUUUCUAAUGAAAGACGCUCAAAUAAAAACUGAUAGUGGACUUAUUUACCAAAAUACUCAUUUUGGAUGGGUUAUCUCCGGACCAAUGUCAACAUCGGUUAAUAUUGAAACAAUAAAUACACAUCUUUGUCAUAUAGAUGAUCAGCUUAAGCGUUUUUGGGAGCAAGAAGAAUUGCCAAACAUAAGACCGCAAUCUGCUGAAGAUAUAGCCACUGAACAACACUUCAUUUCUACACACUUAAGGGAUAACACGGGUCGAUAUAUUGUAUCGCUUCCUUUCCGAGCUGAGCUUAAUGGGAAACCAGUACCAGAGUUUCAUAAUUCUCAUUUAGGUGCUUUAAUUAGACUAAAGAAUAUGGAGCGGGUGUUUGCCAGAAACCCAAACUUCCAAAUUGCUUACCUAAAGUUUAUGAGAGAGUAUCAAGAUUUAGGGCAUAUGGAGUUGGUUGGAGAAUACCCCAAAAAUCUUACUCCGCUUUCAUAUUAUUUGCCACACCAUGGCGUAGAAAAGCUUAGUAGCACAACCACAAAGCUGCGCGUUGUAUUUGAUGGUUCGAGUAAGUACCAAAAUAAUCGAUCACUUAACGAGGAACUGGUGGCCGGACCUGUAUUACAUUCCGAUUUACACCAAAUAAUACUUCGUUGGCGUAGGCAUAAAAUAGCUAUGUGCUCUGACAUAGAAAAAAUGUUUAGGCAAAUUGUUGUAAACCCUGAUCACCAACGUUUUCAAAAUAUUCUCUGGAGAGAAUCUGUAAAGGAUCCUAUAAAAAUAUAUAAAUUAAAAACUGUAACCUAUGGUACAACUUCCGCUCCCUUUCUUUCUAUCAGGACAUUACAACAGCUUGCAAAGGAUGAGUCUGAUACCUACGCACUAGCCUCAGAAGUAUUGUUACGCGACAUUUGUGUCGAUGACGUUAUAACUGGGGCAGACAGUCUUUCCGAGGCUUUUCAUCUGCAACAAGAAUUAUGUGCACUACUAAAGGCUGGAGGAUUUUGUAAAACAAUUUCUGUGACAGCCUAUAUUUUUCGUUUUUAUUACAAUGCAACUUCUCAACCUCGGCGCUUUGGAAACCUAACAGCCGCAGAGUUGAAAUCGGCAUUCAAUCGUCUGCUAUAUUUGUCCCAACGCUACGAAUAUCAUGAAGAAAUAAAGCAAUUGUUACAAACAGACGCACAUACAAGAACGUUACAUGGGGGUAUACAACUAAUGAUAACUUUCAUUAGGCGAAAUUAUUGGAUACCAAAUGCGCGUAGAAUUGCGGAAAUUGUAUUAAAGCGUUGUUUGGUAUGCUUUAGAUAUACAGCGAAAGUAGCAGAACAACUUAUGGGACAAAUUCCAGCGGUUCGAUUGACUCCAGCGCGACCAUUCUUACAUAGCGGCGUCGAUUUUGCUGGUCCAAUUGAUGUACGCCAAUCGUCUCUUCGUAAUGCUAGAACAUCAAAGGGGUAUAUUUGUAUAUUUCUAUGUAUGGUAUCAAAGGCAGUCCACUUGGAAUGUGUCUCCAGUUUAUCUACUGAGGCCUUUAUCGCAGCUUUUCGGCGCUUCAUUUCACGUAGAGGAAAAUGUACGCAACUAUACUCAGAUUGUGGGACAAACUUCGUUGGUGCCAGCAGUCUACUGCACACCAUGCAUCAGCGCAACACAGCAUCAAUACCGGAAGACCUCAGAGCAUGUUUUGCUAGCGAAGGCACAACUUGGAAUUUUAUUCCGCCAGCCUCUCCACACUUCGGUGGUUUAUGGGAAGCUGGGGUAAAAUCCACAAAAUUUCACCUUAAGCGUGUCUUGCAAGACCGCGUUUUGAAUUUCGAAGAGUUGACUACACUUUUAUAUCAAAUAGAAGCUUGCCUGAAUUCGCGUCCUCUUUGUCCGCUCAAUGAAGAUGAGGAAAACUGCGAUGCACUUACACCAGGACAUUUUUUAAUUGGAGAACCAACUCUUAAUAUUCCUGAUGAAAACUUACUUGAUUUCGCUACUUCUGGAUUAAGUCGGUGGCGUAUGGUUGAACGCUUAAAACAACACUUUUGGCGUCGCUGGUAUUCGGAGUAUCUCAGUCGAUUACAAAGCCGUCCGAAAUGGACCACUACUCGUAUCAAUGCUAAAAUCGGCGACCUAGUUCUGAUGUAUGACGAAAGAUGUCCACCUGGCAGGUGGCCUUUAGCGCGCAUAGUUGAAAUGCAUCCAGGACCUGAUGGACUAACCCGAGUAGUCACUUUGAAAUGUAAAGGAAAAUUUUUCAAGAGACCUAUUCGUAAAAUUUGUUUUCUACCUAACGUGAACCCUUCCAAAUUAACGGAAGAUAGGAUUGUUGAAGGCAGCAACGAUACGGCUGUGAGUCGGGGCACAGCCAUUCAACCUGGCGAUAAACCAAUUACCUCCAACGGCUCUGCUGGAAACAAUUCUAAUUUCUCCGUUUAG